CGCGAAUCCGUGCGUACAUCUCAUAUAAGUGUCGUCCCGUUGCGACCGUCACCAGAGUGCCGCAGGAGUUGAUUGUGACAGGAGUGACCCGAGUGCACCAUGAACGCCUACUUGACGUACCUCUCUUUCCUCGCCGUCAUUUUGGGCGCGAAAUCCGCAUCGGCUCCCUUUAUCAAGCCAUGCAAGUCCGGCGACAAUGCGUGCGUACUUGCGUCGGCGCAGAUCGCUGUACCAAUCAUGGCGGUCGGGAUCCCAGAGUUGGGCAUCAAGUCGCUAGACCCCAUGAGGUUUGACGAGAUCAAGGGGGACCAGGCUGGGUUGUCUCUGACUUUUAAGGACACGACGGUGACUGGAAUGAAGGGGUGUACCGUUGAUGGUGUUAAACAUGACUUGAGCAAAGCCAAGCAAUCCAUUACGAUCAGGUGCAGCGUGGACUUAAACGGAGACUAUAAACUGGGCGGUCAAUUGCUGGUGCUGCCCAUUAGAGGGGAGGGGAAAUAUCACAUCAAUAUCCGAGACAUAGUGAUUAAAGCAAGCAACGCGUUGGUGACGGUCGAUGGUGCCGAUGGCAAGAAACACUGGCACAUCGACAACUGGCAUUUCACUCAUCAGGUGAAGACUGGCGCAGUCUUCAAUUUCGAUAAUCUCUUCAAUGGAAACAAGAUUUUGGCUGGUCCUGUUGAAGACUUCGUUAACUCAAACUGGCGUGAUGUUAUGCGUGAGAUAGCUCCACCAAUUGUUCACGCCAUCGUAGCACGUGUUGUAGAAGCAGUAGAAGCACUAUACAAGGCUGUUCCCGCAGAUGAACUAUACAUUCAAUAAACAGUUAAAUGAACAAACUCGAUUUAAUUAAACAUGUAGGAUAGAUAAAUGCAG